AUGCCGAAGAAGGUGCAUCGCGGCACGCCGCCAUCCGCGGCGGUCUUUGAGGAGGACGUCUUUGAGGACGACCGCGAAGAAGCGGGCGCUCGCCGCCGCCGCGCUCUCGACGAUGACUCUGAGGAGAGCGACGGCGGCCUGGCAGGCGAGGACGAGGAGAUCACCUCGGAUGAGGACGACGACGGGGUCGGCGUCCGGCGGCGUCCGGAUGAUCUGGAGUCUAUGGGCUCAUCGGUCGACCCCGAUGACGUCACAGAUCUCUCACGCAUGCUCUCUGAGAGCGACGGCGAGGGCGCUGGUGGCGGCGGCGCGGCCAAGAAGAAGGCCGCCCGCUCCUCCGAGGGCUCGCUCGGCGACGAGGCGGGCUUUGGGCAGCUGCAGCGCGACCUGCAGGGGGUGGCAAAGCAGGGCGCUCGUCGCUCCUCCCACGCGCAGCUGGCCGCGCCGCUCGAGCUGAGCGACAAGCGCAGGAUCGAGCGCAAGGCUGCGGCGGAGGCGGCGCACGCCGACGUGUCUGGGUGGGAGGGUGCGGUGCAAAAGCAGGCGGCUGCGGAGUCGCUGAGCUUCCCGCCGGAGCGGCAGCACGUGCACGGCGCGACGCUUGGCUCGCUGACCGCGGGCGCCUCCAAGAACGACCUCGAGCGCGGCGUCGACGAGCUGCUCGAGGCGCAGGGCCUGAGCGAGCGCGCCGUCGCGGCCGCGGAGCGCGAGGCGCUGAGCGGCCUCGACCAGAGCGCCCGCCUCACCCCGCAAGAGGCGGCCAAGCGCAUGGCGGAGAUGAAGAAGAUGCGCGACUUGCUGUUUUACCACGAGGCGAAGGCCAAGCGCGUCGCCAAGAUCAAGUCGCGGUCGUACCGCAAGGUGCACAAGAAGGCAUCCAAGGCGCGGGCGGAGGCGGAGGAGGCGCUGGACAAGCACUCGGCGCAACGCAUGCAGAUGAAGCGCGAGGUGGAGCGUGUGCGCGAGCGCAUGACCCUCAAGCACAAGAACACGUCGCGCUGGGCAAAGCACGCGCUCAAGCAGCAGAAGCACAACCCGGCGCUCGCCCAGGCCGUGCAAGAGCAGGUCGCAAAAGGCGAAGAGCUGCGCCGCAAGCAGAUGGACGCGGAGGCGGCCGGCAGCGACGACGACAGCGACUACGACAGCGACGACGAGAGCGAGGGCGGCGAGCCGCUGGAGCCGGCCGAGCGGGACGCAAAGCUACUGUGGAAGCUGCAGAAUGAGGCUGAGCCGGAGCGGCCGAGCAAGGGCGUGUUUGGCAUGGCCUUCAUGCGCCGUGCGCACGAGCGGCAGCGUAGCGAGGCGCAGCAGAUGCUCGACGAGCUGUCGGCGGACUUGCGCCACGGUUCGGUCGCGGUGCCGGCGUCCGGCGGACGGGGCGACGAGGGCAGCGAUGCUUCCGACGAAGAGGGCACAGCCGGCCGCGACGAGGCGGCGGCGGCGGUCGCGCCACCCGCCGCGCCUCCAGCAGUUGCGCCCGCCCCGCUCCCAGCGCUGUCGACGGCGGGGCAGUUGCGCAAGACGCGAGGCGCGGCGGCGGUCACCGUCGGCGCGAGGCUGCCCAUGGGGAGCGAAGGCCAGGAGGCGGCGGGCAGCCCUGCACUUGCGCGGCCUCGCGCGGACAGAAGAGGCGCCGGCGGGAAGUCGGUUGCGCGCGUUGCGGCCGCCCCCGCGCCAUCCUCCUCGGCGCCGGCGCGGCCGCCGGCCUCAAAGGCGGAGCCGGGCAGCGGUUGGGCAGUGCCCGACAUCGUUUCUCCCGCUGGCCACACGCUGCUGCCGCGCGCGCAAUCGGACCAUUUUGCGGGCGGUGUGGCCGCUGCCGCGCUGGCCCCGCCGGCGGCGGUCCGCGUUGCAGGGCCAGACGAGCAGGGCGAGGCUCGGGCGGAGGGAGCGCCGGCGAGCAAGGGCAAGCGGGGGAGAGCGAGCAAGCGCCGGCGUGGCGCCGUGGCGGGCGAGGCGGACGGUGCUGCCGAGGAGGCGGCGGACGCGGAGGCUGACUUCGGCCACGGCGGGGACGAGCUGGUCGACGGCGCCUCCCUUCUGCUGCCGUGCGCCAGCCAGCGGGCACUCGUCGAGGCCGCUUUCCCGGAGAGCGCGGUCGCGGCCGAGUUCGAGGCGGAGAAGCGGGGCGUCGUCGAGGCGGAAGCCGGCGUGGAGGAGGAGGAGACCCUCCCUGGCUGGGGCGAUUGGGCGGGUCUGGGGGCGCGCGUCGGCAAACGCCAGCUGGAGCGGAAGCGUUCGGCGGCGGAGGCGCGGCGCGAGCAGCUUGAGGCGGCGGCUGCAAGGCGGCAGGACGCGGCGCUGCGCCACGUCAUCGUGUCGGAGAAGCGCGACAAGAAGGCGGCGCGCUUCACGGUCGCGGCUGUGCCCUUCCCCUUCAAGACGCGCGAGCAGUUUGAGCGGAGCAUGCGCAACCCGGUCGGCCUCGAGUGGAACACCGUGGACUCCCACGCGGCGCUGGUCAAGCCGCGCGUCUCCACUGUGCGCGGUGCGGUCAUCGAUCCCAUCGCGCAGCACCGAAAGGCGGAGGGGGGUGGGGGGCGCAAGACCAAGCGACCCCGGGUAUAA